GCUUGCCAGAUUGUGGAAUCAGGAACUUUGGUGCUUCAUUUUUGGCUUGCCGGAAUAUGAAAUCAAGGGCUUUGGGGCUUUGUUCUCAGGCUUGCUGGAAUGUAAAAUUAGGAAUUUCUUUCUCAGGCUUGUGUAGGCUUGCUGAAACGUUAAAUCAGGAUUUUGGGGCUUCAUUCUCAGAACUUUGGGCUUCAUUCUCAGCUUCGUGUAGGCCUUUCGGAAUGUUAAAUCAGGAUUUGGAGCUUCAUUCUUGGAUUAUGGAGCUUUGUUCUCAGGUUCGUGUAGUGCUUGCUGGAAUGUUGAAUCAGGACUUUGGAGCUUCGUUCUCAG